AUGUCGAAUAACGACAGUACAGGGAAGAAAUUCAACGGGAUGCGGCCGCUGAACUUGGCAACUAUAAAAUAUCCAAACGCAUUGCUGAUCAAUGUUAGGUACGUAUAUAAAAAGAUUUUCAUAGAAACUAAUGUUAUGUUUUUAUCACUUAUUAUCUGUUCAUUCGUGUGAAAUCGCAUCAACUUACAAAAGCUAUUAGCUCUGUUACUGUUGUUCAAAAAAUUCAACAAUUUUCACAAUGCUUUCAAUUCAUACAUUACAAUUGGAUCAUGUAAUAUUACAAUAUUGCAAAUUAUUACAUUUAUGCAUAUAAUAAUUAUACAUUAUUGUAAAUUUGAUUUGUUGGAAAAGAAAACUAUUAAAAAUUAUAUUUUCAAUAAGUUUUCUACCUCUUAGAAGCUCAAUGUUGCAUUGACUACAAGGUCAUUAGCGAUAUGAAGUACUUAGUUACUUCCUGUGUUUUGUUGCUGUCAGAUUCUGUAGUAGAGUUUUUAUUUAAAUAACAUGAUUUUGGAACCUGUGUUGUCAAAGUACAAUGUAAAGUACAAUAUAAGUAUAAAAAGUACAAAAAUGUUUAGGUGGAGUUUGUAUUUAUGUCUUGGAAACUUCUGCACUCGUGACAAUGUGCUCAGAAAUUAAGGUGUAGAUAAAGUUUCUUCAAGUUUAGAUCACGCAGAAUUAUUAAAAUUCCUAUUGUCACGCAAUUUUCCACUCCCAGUUUUUAUCAAACUUUCCCACAGUUUUAUCUUCCUUUUCCAGCGUGGAAAAAAAAAAAACGCCUCAGAGCUAUUAUACAGUGUUUCUGUGGAACUGUUUAAUGUAUUAUUUAUAGGAAGUACACAUCACUUUCAGAGAAACUUUACUCAUUGUCAAUUAAUUCUUUUUCCUAUAACUAGCGCAACACACCCUCUCUUAUGAAACUGUUUUUCCUCUUACUUAGAGAUAUUAAUGUAAUUGAAAUGAUCAGAAUGUAAUGUUGCAAAAACUGAAGAAAUAAUUUAUUACCAAAUUCUGUAGAAAUUGAAUAUAGAAAAUUGUUGAAAGAUUCAUUUAUGUAAAGUGUCAUGUAAAAAAAAAAAAAAAAAAAACAUACUUGUGUUAUCAAUUAGGAGAAAUUUUUCCUUCACUUAAAUAAAAAAUGAAGAUGAAACUACUACAUAAUUACAUUAUAUUUAAUUACAUGUUAUCAAACGUAUUGUUGUGAAUUACAUACGUUUAAUUAUAUAUCAUUAAACAUAUUAUAUUAUAUUAUACAAUGUUAUUUGUGUUUAAUAAAAAAACAGCCAAAACAGAGUGAAUAUUAAAUUUCAGAGUGGAGGAGGAAGUUUCAAUCUUCAAAUUCAUAUUUCAUAGCAGGUUCAGCCAUUAGAGAAACUUCUCAAUGUUUUUACACACUGUGAAAAUUUGAAUUAGAUAGGAUAUAUCUAAUAAAUGUUUAAUGAUAAUGAACGUUCAAAUUUCAAGGACCCUCUUGAAACGUUGUUGAUCAAUAAUAGUUGUCAAUAAUUUUUAAAGUCAAGCUAAUGCUAAUCUUAUAACUCCAACAUCUCUCUGUAUCAUCAUUAUAUUAAAUCCUUUGAAUCGAACACUAUGUUUAUUUCACUCAGAUACAGCAGUAUAUAGUACUUAUUCUGACAUGAACAAAUAUUGAAAGAGAGUUUCAACCGCACGAACGAUUUUUCUAUAGCAGCACCAAGUAUGGAAAGAAGUAUAGAACGUUCCUGUGUCUGGAAUUUUUACAAUGCUUGACCCCACAUCGAGGCGAGACAUAGACUUUCCAAUGAUUGUUCAAGCAAACAUUUAUCGAGUUCCCAAGAACUAUCUAUAAAACACCCUCCACCCUGUUCUUUGCACGCAUGAUAGAACUCUCUGAAGCAACGAGUUUAUCUUCUGUUCGCCAUGCGAUCCUGUGGGGUGUACACCGUCGAUCGCGACGCGUCACGACGAAGGUUCGAUAGAUCACCAAAGGCGAUCAGUCAUUCCAUGUGAAUCAAUCAUGCUCCGUUUUCAAUUAUUUAAUAUCACUUGUCCGUGUGUUCGACAUAUCUUCUGCUUGUGCCAAGUGAUGUGUCGAUCGCUCGAAUUUACCAUCUAAUAAUAUUCGAUAUCAUUAAAUUCGUACGAUUGUUCUGAACUGUUGUUGCAAGUUAUUUCAAAAGAAUUGCACGAAUUGUACGAAUAAGUAUAUAAAUCAAGUUGAAUCAGUGUAAAUGUAGGAAAGCAGUAAAGUGACUUUAAAUAUGUUGAGAUGUUAGAGAUAUAUGUUUAUCAAAAACAGUUGAAGAAGUUCGUACAAACUUGAUGCAAUCGUCGAUGAAAUCAUCUCGAUGUUGAUUUUGGCACUGUAAUUUAAACGUGGAUGAUAAUUGAAAUAAAUAGAUCUAUACAUCAGAAUCGAUUUAUCUAAGCAGAUAUUAAUUUUCGAACAAAAAUAUGACUUGUAUCCUUCCAGGAAGAGAUCUAAAAUUUGAUUAUUGAAAUUUUUUUCAGGUCACCGAAGAGCAGCUCGCAGUUUGGCAAACUCGACAACCUGAAGACGGAUAUGGAUACGAUCGGAAGUAAGCUUGAGAAAUCGCUCGUAUCAAUCGUGAAAUUGAAACUGAUCGUUCGGGAUUCGAAUUUUUUCAGUGUCGGAGCCAGUAACAUCUUCCGUCAGUGCGUUCGAUCCGAACACCGACAGCUUGCACGCAUCCAUGAGGCCGAUUAUCAUGUUGGCGCAAUGUUUCUCCCUGUUUCCUGUUUCUGGCGUUAAUUCACCCGACGCGUCGUAUCUCAGGUUCACUUGGCGCAGUCCGAAAUUUAUAUACUGCGUAAUUUCGAUCGUUGGUUCAUCGAUAAUGACCAUUUUUAACAUUUUGAGGAUAAUUACCAACGAAAUAAAUCCCAUAAAAAUGACCACGCUUGUAUUCAAUGGGACGAACUUGAUCGCAACCUUCCUGUUCCUGAGAUUGGCCGUGCAAUGGCCAUGCUUGAUGGUAACUUGGGAGAAGCUCGAGAAAGAGCUUUCACACAGGCAUAGGAAAAUUUCGAAGACCAGUCUAGCCGCGAAAUUCAAGAUCGUAACGAUGGUAGUAAUGAUGUUUGCAUUAGUCGAGCAUAGUUUGUCGAUAGCCCAGGGCUACAUCAAGGCUAAAGAAUGCGCUGCGUUUCGAAAAGAUCCGAACAUCUUUGGUGUGUAUUUCCAGAUGCAAUUCCCACAGGUAUUCUCUACAAUAUCGUAUAGUUUAUGGAAAGGAAUAUUGGUGGACCUCAUUAACAUUCUCAGUACCUUCUCGUGGAAUUUCGUCGACCUGUUCCUUAUUCUUAUCAGCAUCGCUUUGACAGCUCAGUUUCGCCAAUUAAAUAGCCGCUUGAAUUCCAUAAGAGGCAAG